AUGCAAUAUGUUCCAAGCUUGCUGGGCUUCCUUUCUGAUUUCUCAAGUGAUGAAGAUGACGGGGAUAGCAACACCAACAUGGAUCACAGUGACGAUCAUGAUGGCACCAGUCGUGUUUCCUCGGCACUACCUCGGAAACGCCAAAAACUCGAGGUUCCAUAUCGUGAGCAGCGAAAACAAAAGCAAGCUGACCUGGAGCACGCGUACAAAGAUAUCACGAAGCAUUUGAAGUCAAAAAAGACGGUGUUUGCUGGGGGUCCACGUGGUUUACAGGCACGUGGUGCAUGUACUAUCGAGGUUCACUUAAUGCUUGUGGUCAAGAACAAGCAUAGUUUCAAGGUGGCCUCCGAAAUGGCUGCAGAGACCAACGGGUUUGCUGCAAAGUGGGGAGGACGCCAGGUUCGUGGGUGGACUCAUGAGUGGAUGCGAACAAGAAUGCUUCCAAAGCUGGCGAAAUUCACCAAUAACGAACUUCUCCAUACCGAAGCAACGAAAUAUCUCGAGGGGCUUGUGCAGACUGAAAUGCCCCAGGGGCUGAAGAGAUACAUCGAGCUUGAGCUCUUUCCUCGUAUUCACAUGAAGGUUGGGCAUGGGGUAUCAUUGAGCACAGCCCCAAACGAUGGACAGUCAAUGAGCUGGGUGCUGGAUGGCAAGCACAAGCUGAGAAAGAAAGGAGUGGGUCGAGGAUUGCAUCAGAGUAGUAUCAUUUGCUCGACUGUUGGACAUCUCGAGGAAGCAGCACACACCAUUGAGUAUGGCAAAAAUUACGACAGAUACUGGAAUGGGGAAAUGUUUGUUGCGCAGCAUUCGAACGUGCUCACAGGACCUGGUUACCAGGCAUUGUUCCUCAUCGAUAAUUCUCAGGGACACUCAGCAUAUGCCGACGAUGCGUUGCUGAUCUCGCGCAUGAAUAUAAAUCCGGGGGGCAAGCAGGCACAGAUGAAAGAUGGUUGGUUCAUUGAUGCUGGUGGGCAAAAAGUUAUUCAGCCCAUGAUGUUUCCCUCCGAUCACCAUGAUCACCCAAACGAACCGAAGGGCAUCAGGGCUUUUUUUUGGGGGGCAGUAAAGAGGUAUCUGCGUGAGAACUGCGAUUACACCUUCGAAACGCUCAAGACCAACUUGCCGAAGGCUAUGGCUUCCGUACGUCUCAGUACAAUCCGUUUAUGGGAACAUCGGAUGCACAGGUGGAUGAGUGCUUACCGGUCGGGUCUGGAGAUGAAAACAGCACAGUUGCAGGUCAAGGAGUUCAGUUCAAGGAAGUACAAAUCUCAUAGAUGUGUACCGGAGACUCUUGCAUGUCUUUUCGACUGAUUUUACCGGUACCGUAGCC